AUGCUGCUGCCGCUGCUGGGCGCCUGUGCUGUGGUGGGGCCAUUCCAGGGUCCUGAGUGGGAGCCAGUUCGGGGCCUGAUCUCACAGGAUUGCAGCUGUAGAGACCCCCGGUGCUGUGGCAAUCUGCUUGUUCUCUGCCUCUUUCUGAUCUGGCAGGUCCGGCACUAUUGGCACCACUUCACCAGGAAUCGCCUGCUCAGAAGGAGUAUUAUCAAGGUGCCAUCACAGAAGUGGGCAAUGCCCUCCAUGAGAUGUGAAAUUUUCUUUAGGCUAGCUCCUGAAUUCGUCAGUCCUGGUGAUUUCAGAGGCCGUGAUGCUCAUGUCCAACAAUGGGUACAAAAGCAGAGGUGGAGAUACUGAAAGAGCCUUCUAGAAUCAUGGACCCAGAACAUGUUCUCUUCACAAAAUCUGCUUCAGGACUCAUCUUGGGGUGCUCACACCUUGCAUGAGCCCAUCUUUUGUAUCUCCUCCUUUUCAAGCACCUGUCCACUCUCUCAGGACAGUUCCUGGGAAACAUGGCAGGUAUCCUGGUGUCUCAAGGGCAGCCAGACUCACUCUGCCCUAGACACAUGCCAAAGGAUUGGGCGACUGCUGGUUCACUCCCAGGAGAAGUUGGUACCACUGGAGCAUGUCCUCAGCGAAAAAUCUGUUCCCCCUCCCAUGACAUUUGUCAUCUCUCUCCCAAAGCUCCCUUCAGCUCAGAGGCUGCAAUUCUGCUCUGGACAGUUUCUGCCUGAUCCUGCCCACCAACAAAUGGAGAAGAGUGGGGGUGGGGGUACUUUGGAGAUUCAGACAUUUGAGAGGAAGAACAAGAAAGAGCCCAGAAAGGAGGAAGAGGGAGAGAUUCAGGCCCAUGGACUAGGGAAGCAGGGCCAGACUGGAGGUGAGAAUGCUGCGGAGGCCCAGAUUCCAGAGUGCAGGAAACAAAACCAGACUGGAGGUGACCCUAGUGCAGAAACUGAGGCAGAAGAAGGGAGAAACAAGGAUCAGGUUGGAAAUGAGGAUGCUGUGCAAACCCCGACAUCUGGGAGGGAGAACCUGGAAGACGUCAAACAAGAGAAUAGAACAGGGGGCCAGGCCCUGGGAUGGGGCAAACAGGAAUGCAGCAGAAGUGAUAAUAUUACAGAAACCCAGGCACUCAUGGGGGAGAAACAGGGUCAGGGUGGAGGUGAGAAUGCCAGAGAGACUCAGGCAUCUAGGGGAGAGAAACAGAAACUCUCAAGACAUGCAGUUCAAGUGAGGAGGAAGAAGUUGAAGGAGAUAAGAGAGGAGGAUUGGGUGGUGAUCCAGACACCCUGGUGGGGAAACCAGAGCCCAGUAAUGAAUGAAAUUGACAGACAAUUCAAGAUAUUAUGUUGGGGGAAUAAGAACCAAAUUGGAGGUGGACCCAGAGCAAAAAUUCAGUCACCAGAGGAGAAAGAUAAGAGGAAGGAUGGAGAUGAGGAUGGUAUAGAUACCCUGGUGCUUGAGGCAGAGAACCAAGGAUUAUUAAGAAAUGAAGUGAAUGAGGAGACCCAUUCAGCAGGAAGGAAGAAUGAGGAGCAAUUUGGAGUUGAGAAUGGAGCAGACAUUCAGGCACUAGGGAAGAGAAAUCCAAGAGGGUUUAAAGACAAAAAUGGUACAAUGAACCAGGAACUUGGGGGAGAAAAUCAGGGCCAGUUAGAAAAUGAAUUCCAUGGAAAUAUUUGCAUACCACAGUGGAAGAAUCAGGAGCAUAUUAGAGGCAAGGAUGGUGCAAACACCCAGAUACUUGAGGCAAGGAACUGGGGAGAAUUAACAAGUGAAAGUCACUCAGGAAGUGAUAUAGAUAGGAUGAUUCAUUCAUCACAAUGGAAAAACCAGAAGCAGAUGGAAGGUAAGGAUGGAACAGAAAUUCUGUCCCCAAAGAAGAGAAAACAGAGAGAACCUGAAGGUGAGGAUGAUAUAAAAACCCAGAAGCCUGAGAACCAGGGACAGUUGGAGAAUGUAGCAGCUGUAGACAGGGUAGCUGAGGCUUCCUGUCCUGAGAUGAAGCCUCGCCCCCACUUGGGUGAAGUUUUCCUGCUGGCUACUGGGGAGGGAGAGCAUUUGACCAGCCAGGGCAUAGCCCCUGCCAGGGAGUACAAAGCCCGGGUCAGACCAACCUCCCAGCAGGCCCAAACAGGAUCCCGGAGAAAACCACAAAAGCACAAAGGGGUGGAUCCAGGAAAGAUCCAUAGAGUGACACAGCCCCAGAACCCACAGUCUCUGGCUGCUCCCUUUGGCAAGCCCUCUGCCUGUCCCUCUCUUCUAUGUGGCCAAGCCCUCCAAGCUACCACUACUUUGGUGGGUGUUCCAACUACCCUCACCAUCCCGCCCAAGUGGCCAGUCCUCAAGAAGAGCAAACGACUGCUCUUGGAGUCCCUCAUGCGUGGAAGGAUUGCACAUCUGAAGUGGGGCCUCCCCCGGCGCAUCCUGGAGUCUUAUUUGCUCUUUAGCUUCUUCGGAUCUUGCUCACUCCCCUGGGCUGGGGUGAGGCUGCCUGAAUUAGGCAAAGGCCAGGAGCUCCAAAGGCAGCAGGAAAAGCAUUGUGAGGCCCAGGGCUCCAUGCCAGGCUUUAAAUCUCCAGAGAGGUUCCAAAGGGUUCUGCCCUCUGAUGGGAAAAGAUCAAAACCUACACAGGCCAGGGCUUUGGAGAGGUGUAGACCACACAGGUCAGAGCCAACGGGCACUUCCAUUCCACCUGAGAAACCCAGGAGAAAUAGACCACCAGGGGGCGCCAGAGAACCACAGAUCCAGGAAGAGGCCUCUAAGGCCAAACUCCCUGUUCCCAAGAAUCCCAGGCCAUGGGCAGAGUCUGUGAACUGGUGCUCCCCAGAAAGGGUACCAGAGCCUUCCAGUGAGAAUAGUAAGGGCAGGAAAGUGAUCAGACCAGAUGUCUCCCAGAAGGCAGAGAGGGCUCCCAGAGAAGUGAGGACCUCAUCUUCCAGGGCCAGCCAUGACCCCUGGAAGAAGGAGCACAUACUCUGGGAGGCCUCUCAGUUCCCCAGACAUAAAUAUCAGCAGCCCACACACUGGAGAAGAAAAAGCCUGGAGCCUGCAGAGGACAGAGGAGCUAGGCAGCUGCCUCCCUCCGUUUCCACAGACUCCUCCAGCAUUAAAGGAAGCUCUAAGACAGCCAAGCUGAGCAUGACCCUCCUGCGUAAAAUGUCCUGGUCCCCACAGCUGGCCAAGCCCAGGAACUCAGUCCCUAGGCUUUCCAGAGUGGGUAACCCUCAUGCACGGGAGGACAGCAUCAGAGUUCAUACUGCUUCGGAGAGGGACCAUCAACCACCAGGGCACUGUAGUGCUGGGGUUUCUCUUCCUAGGACAAAGACCCCCCAGGGUCAGAGACCCCAUGGGGCUCCAAAGAAUUCAUCAGCUCCUAAAAAGUUUGGUUUUAUGAAGCGUUUGAGAUGUUUUCUCUUCCAAUGUGGUCUUAAAAAGUAG